UCUACUCAUCUCUCCUCUCUUUUUGAGUUCACAUAAAAUGAAGUUCUCAAAGCUAUUUCUUUUGGUAGCCUUGGCCAUCAUCUCUCAUUAUGCGGCCCAUGCAGCUGAAAUUGAAAUAGGCACCAAAAAGAAUGCUGCUUCCCUAGAGGAAGAGGAGGCUCCUCCAGCGGAGACAGAAGACGAUUCUCCAUCGAGUUCGCACCGCCGCUUUCUCAUCGACUUCCAACCUCUGCGGAAUAAAAUGACGUGCAACAAAUACCCGAGAGUGUGCCGUAGCGAGGGCAGCGCGGGGCCGGAUUGCUGCAAGAAGAAGUGUGUAAACGUGGAGACGGAUCAAUACAACUGCGGGAGGUGCGGGAAGAAAUGCAAGCACUCGAAGAUAUGCUGCAAAGGGAAGUGUGUGAAUCCGAUGUUCAAUGUGAAGCACUGUGGAGGCUGCAACAAUGAGUGUAGUAAAGGAAGCUUAUGCGUAUAUGGGAUGUGUGAUUAUGCUUAAUUAAGCUAUGGCCCUUUCAUGGCAUGAUCUACGUAUAGAAAUUAAAUCAUUUGUUAAGAUUAUAGAUUUAUGGUUCAUAUAUAAUUAAUUUGCUAGGUUUUGUGCAUGCAUGUGUAGCACUGGGUGGUAAUAAUAGGCAAGGUCUCAAUACCAGACUUUUGCUAUAAUCAAGGUCAUUCUUUGGUUUCUUAAUUUUAAUUAAGCUAGCUAGGAAAAAGAAAGCUCCAAGAUUGUUUACGUGAUGUGUGUGAGAUCUUGUGAAAUAUAUGAAUAGUCUAUAUUGAUUAUUUUGA